AUGGGCACUAAUAAAUACAAUGAAGAAUCAAAUGAUCCUAAUGUACUAGAAUUUUGGGAUUUAGUUAAAAUCACAAUAAGUAAUUAUUCAUACAUUGAAGCCUUACGUAGUUUAUCAAAGCUACAAUAUAAGGAGGAUGUUAAUCUAGUAACACGAAUAAUUGCAGGAAAUAUCAAAAAUACAAAGCUAAUAAAAAAUGAUCCACUUUUGUCAGGGAUUAUUGAUGUAAUAUUUUUACAGAGUAAUAUUGUUAGUGAAUUAAAGAUGGGAAAUGUUUUUGAUGAC